AGCAGACGCCGCGUAGGAGGCUGUAGCCGCCUAACGCAGCCCAGGAUGUCGCUGCUAGGCAAGCCUCUCAACUACAAGAACAGUCGCCGUGACCAGCGCUACCGCAAACUCCAGGCCAAGAUAUAUAACUUCCUGGAGCGGCCACGUGGAUGGAGGGCGCUUUCUUACCAUCUUCUUGUUUUUGUAAUCAUCUUCACAUGCCUGACGCUGAGCGUGCUAUCUACACUGGAGAACACCGAUGAGUCAGCGCUGAGAUUUCCACUGGACAACGCCACUGGGGUCUACGUUGACGAUGACAUGCCAGCGUCAGAUGAGACGUACGAUACCAUCCUUUUCUACAUCGAAGUUGUCGUACUCAUCUGGUUCACCAUUGAAUUCCUUUUGAGGCUGUGGUCGUCGGGAUGCAGGUCACGGUACCAGGGCUGGUGUGGACGGCUGAAGUACGUCAAGCGGCCCUUCAGUUGCAUCGACCUGGUAACAAACCUCGCUUCCAUCGGAGUGCUGACGACAUCCUUCGGCAACGACGAUGGUUCGUCGGACGACAGCGGCAAGUCAUCGAUGGUUCAGGCGGUUCGCAGUCUGCGGUUCCUGCAAAUCCUGCGGAUGGUUCGCAUGGACCGCAGAGGAGGAACCUGGAAGCUGCUUGGUUCUGUGGUUUACGCCCAUCGACAAGAGCUGAUCACAACCCUGUACAUCGGGUUCCUUGGCCUGAUCUUCUCAUCGUUCCUAGUGUAUCAGGUCGAGAAGUGCUGCAACGAGAAGUUCAAGAGCUUCCCGGACGCUCUCUGGUGGGGAGUGAUCACCCUGUGCACGGUGGGCUACGGCGAUGCUGUGCCCAAGUCGUGGGAGGGCAAAAUCAUCGCGUCGGGAUGCGCUGUUUUGGGCAUCACCUUCUUUGCUCUGCCAGCCGGUAUCCUUGGGUCCGGGUUCGCCCUGAAAGUGCAGCAGCAGCAGCGUCAGAAGCACAUGAUCAGGCGUCGCCAGCCCGCGGCGGCGCUCAUCCAGUGCUUGUGGCGGUGCUACGCGGCCGACGAGAACUCAAUGUCCGUCGCCACCUGGAAAAUUCACCAAGUGCCUUUACCUUCUCCUCCUUCCUUCAAGCACAAUGCGUCGUUCGUGACGCGCCUCCCAACCAUCCGCCGACAUCGCAACCAAAGCCACUCGCCCUCCAUCCGGUCCCGCAACAUGGACGCCAACGCCAUCGACACACCAAAUGCUACCAAGCUCAACGCUGCCAACAGCGACGAUAUUGAAAUAAAAGAUGCGGUCACCGAAGCCUUCCUGUCCAAGAAAAACUCCGACGACGAGGACGAAGAACAAUGUCGAGUACUGCAGCUCACGGCACAACACAAGGGCGCUAUCCGAUCGAUCAGGAAGAUCAAAUACUUCGUGGCUAGGCGUAAAUUUAAAGAGGCCUUGAAACCGUACGACGUAAAGGAUGUAAUCGAGCAGUACUCUUCAGGACACGCAGAUCUGCUCACCAGAGUCAAGUUCCUGCAUGGCAGAUUGGAUCAAAUCCUGGGCAAGCAAGGAUCGAAAGCAAAGGACGUAUACGAGUCCAAGAUUUCCCUCGCGUCUCGGAUCGUCAAAGUCGAGAGACAGGUUGACGAUAUCGAGUCUAAGCUGGACCAGCUGCUGGACUUGUACCUGGAGGAUCGUAAGAGGCUACUGGCUCUUCCCCCUAUCCCUUCCCCAGGCUAUGGGGGGUACCAGCAGUUUCCCCCUGGGGGAUCGUCGACGGACUUGCUCAACAACGGGGGUUGCGGACCCCCUGACGUCAGCCUCACCCUCCCAAUCCCCAUUGGGGCAGCCCCAGGCUCCGUGGGAUAUCAGGUGCCAGGCCAGAGCCACUCAACGGCGUCGACCGUGCGUCCCAAACCGAUCCUGGUAGACAAGCAGAGUUCGGAGCCUACGACGCCUACCGGCCGCAACCUCUGCAGGCCGAUGAUGAGGGGAAACUCGGACGUCUCUUAUAAGAUGAAGAAGAGGGUCACGCUCAGUUCCCUGCCUUCUCGCAUCUCGAUGGAAACGCGCGUCGAGUUAGAUACUCUGCAAGUGCCUUCCACGUUGCUCGGAGUAGGCAACGACGUCGAGAAAGAUAACAGUUUACAUCCCAUCGGUGAGCAUGAGAGCAGUCCAGACAGUCCACAGCGCAGUCCCCCCUCAGGGACCAUCUCUUCGCCCAGCAUCCCAACCAUCUCAGCCACGGUGGAGGCGCCCCGUAGACCAGGAACUUUAUUGUGUCCAACUAAACUCUACCUUGAACCCACACACUCAACUUUCGUUGAGCCAGUGACCAUUAAAAGUCCAGUGUUGACAGUCGAGUGUCCGUUGGUAACUUUCGGUGAUCCCUCAGUGACAGCAUCAGCUGGUCAUAUCUCUGUGUCUGCUGAAGCCAAGUUACAAGUUGUAGAAGAAAAUGAGAAAGAAAUCAGCGAGAUUGCUCGAGCAAAUAUUGAUGAAAAUGAACUGAUUUGUGCUCCUUUCUCUUCCCCAAGACGAAAAUCAGACAAUGACUUAAUUAGCGUAAAGGCAUCGUCGGGGAAAACCAGAUUUUCACUGGACUCUACAUGUGAUCGUAACAGUAAGGAAUUAGCAGGCGCGACGCCUUGCUUGACACCCAACUACGUGUCAGGGAUAGUCAGUAGCUGCAAGGCACUUCCAUCCAUAUUGAAAUCUAGUCAAGAUAGUAUUUCUAGUAGAAGUAUUAUUAAGGAACGUCGUCCCGGCUCUAGCCUUUCUAUUUAUUCUUCGGAAUUGAAGAAGGACCAAUUAGAAGAGCAGUCCCCUCAGCAUGAAAGAUUGCGAUCAGCGUCAUCGUCGCCAUUACCCUCUAUAUCAUCACCUAAUAACCCAAAUCAUCAUAAGCAUCAUCUUCAUCAUUAUCCUCUACAUGUUCAGCGAUCAGCACAAUUUAAAUUAAGCAACUCUAUUUCUUCUGAACUUAGAGGUAACAAUCAAACAACUGGUAUGACAGCCAGUGAACCAAGCGAUCAAAAUGUUACAUCGUCGAGUAAACGAAAUAUUUUUUCUGAUGGUAGAAUUGAAUCUCAGUCGUCAGACUCAACCUGCUCACUGGGUCCCACAACUGACUCAAACGUUUUUCUAAAUUAUAGUUCGUUUGACCUCAACAAGAAAAAAGAUUCCCGCGAUGGUGAAUUUUCUAUUGAAAUGACAUCAACUAUUCCAAGAACUUCCUCUUCAACUUCCUACGAUGACACCAUCUCAGGAGUGUCAACUUCUGAACUUUCAGACGGGUACAAUUUCGACACCACAGCAUCAUCGCCCAGAUCAUUAGCGACCAACUCAGUACCUGCUUCCAUGGAGAGCUUGGUGGAGCGGCCUCCUCACUCUUGUAUUGAAGUAAAUGAUAAAAUCGGUGUGACGUCUUCUGCUGUUACAAGCGAGUCGUCUUCAACGGUAACAUUUUCUUGACCAGCAAUCCAGAAAUCGUGUUUUCGUUUCUAUUUUUGCAACCUCCAGACGGUUUCUUCAAAAUUUCCCUUGGAUUGCCUUCAGCUGUUUACCUGAUUCAUUUACACUUGAAUUUAUAAAACUGUGCGAGAAUUACUUCUCACCUUUCUCUUCAACUUUGUUCUCAAUAAAAAUGAAACUCCGAAAAUUCUGUGUUGGAACCGAAAGUAGUGUAAGGGAUCUCGCACGUGAAAAACUCUAAAUAGUAAACUCAGUAUUUUUCUUAUUUAAGAUGUCUAAUUUACUAUUUCACCGUGUUGUUAUUUUGCAAAUGUUCACAUUAUUGCUAUUAUUUAAUGAUAUAUUUCUCAGUGCCUAGAUUUCCGCUCCUUCUGUGUUCGCAUCACAGGAUUUUGAGUAUUUUUUAUUUCCAUCUUGCCACGAUAUGCUGUUCCUCGAGCUUUUUAUCGCUGACCGCUGCGCUUAGAUUUCCAUUUACAGGAAGCUUGCACUUUGCAUAAUUCUUACCUCUCCGAACAUUAUCCCGCCGCUCGUUUUCGCUGAGGUAGAAGCAAACUCCCAAAAAAUGCUUGACGUGAAUACAUUAGAGGAAAGAAAUACAGCUCGAAAACUCCGUGUAUCAUGCAACUUAGAAUUACAAGUCAAAAUUGAUGCCCUGGUAACUUUUGGAAACGUGAAGUACAAUAGAUUCAAGUUGAAAUGCGGAUGAUCUAGAAUGCAUUGAAUGUAUCAGCGAAUGGCAAAAUGAACAUUUGAAGAUUAUGUUAUGUACUUUUUUCAUGGUUUCUUCUGCGUCUAACUAACAGUAAAUCCAAUGCGUAAUAUAGUUCUCAAAUACUUAUUGUAUAUUUAUAUUCCACGAAUUUUCACAUUUGCUCUCGUCACGAGAUAUAAAUAGAGGAAAAACUCGCAAACCAGCAAUCGACUUUCUGAAGUCUUUCUCGCCUUAGUAUUACAGCAUCUUUAUGCUUAAGUAAAGAAGUACAGUGCAAUUUAAAAGUUAUUCAAGUUAUCUUGACAUAAAAUAAGCAAAUAUUUAUUUUACAUUUAUAGGUAAAAUGAUAGAUUGAGAAAAUAGUGUUAAGAAAUCUCCACUACACAUUUUUUUGAGCUCACAUUAUAAGAACUUUCAUGGGUAAAUUCGAACAUAUAUCACAUAUUAAUCACGGUGUUAAGUUUAAACAUGCUUGAAGAAAAAACAUCUGAAAAAUUCUCAUUAUUCAAAGACACGCCUUCUUCAAUUAAGUGACUUUACAAAAUUCGCAUGGAGCUGCAGUCAAGAGGAAUUUCCGUUAAUUGUUUCCUAGUUAAAACAGGAUGCUCGUGUGUAGGAUUUAGUUCUAAAGUCUCCGUAGAAAUGAAUGUAUAAAAGAUUCGACGAGCCGCUAACAUUUGUGUCUAAUUACUGAUAAAAACGUUAUACUUUAUACUUAAUUUCAAUCCGUACUUUAAAUGAAUUUUCCCGGAAUGAUUGUAUACACUUACUAUUGUGCUAUGGGUAUAAUUUUCUCAUUUAAUGCUACCCAUUGAAAUUUUUCAUUAGAAUAUUUUUGAUUUGUACUUAUUUUCAAAUCUCCAUAGUUAACUGACAAUUGUUUAAUUUUUACCAUUUGCGAUUUAAUGUAAUUCAAGAUGUAAUCAUUGUAUAUUAUGUGUAAAUUUCAAUCUUUUAUCAAAAGGAAAUAAAAUUCAGUUGAUGUUUUCGGCACACAACGUACACAUGGAAUUUUGGUCUAUUAACCGUGACAAAAUUAAAUUAAGAUCGUAAAAAUAAAUUCAAUAUUAAAACUCUUUCCAUGCAAAUAAUGAAAUAAUGUCUAAACAAACGAUAUAGGAAUGUUAAACAUUAUUUGAAAUUUAUUCUCAAUUUAGAACUAAAAAUUUAAUGUUUAUAACUCCCAAUUAUCUUUCUGCAAGUACAAAGACAAUAUCGUGAAUAUAACUCGUAAGAAUUCUGAUGGACUGGAUGAAAUUAACUGCUGUCUUCUAGCGUGAAGAUAAAUUUCUGAGCUUCAGAAAAUAUGGUUUGAAAAUGAAAAUGAUCGUUUGGGAUACAAAUUUUAGUGUUGACACCAAGCUAAAAAAAUCUUACAAAAUUUUUUUUAAACGUGUUAUGUCGAUUCAUGUUGAGGCAAGGAGUCACCUAAUUAAGUUGCUACUAUUGUUUCUACUCCUAUAAUUUUUUUAUAUAAAAUAUGUAAUUGUGUGGUUCAGUAAUGACAGCGACACGAAAAACUUCAACCGAGAAACUUCCAUUUUUUUCAAAAUAUCAAAUCAGUGUUUCAAAAAUUGUACAGAUAGCUGAUUCGGGGUAGUUUCGAAAUUUGUUGAUUGAAAUGUUUUAUAUUUGAUCUACAGAUCAGAAUUAAAUUUUUAAAAGAAUCAUAUCGAAAACAAUCCGGGCAGGAAGUUUAUGAAGACAUUCGACCAAAUCCAAUUUGUAUCGAUAUGGUAAUGAACAAUUUAUUAUCAUCUAAGUCAUGAUUAUUGCAAUAUCAUCCGACCUGAGAAAUUCGUUGUACGGUUCAAUGUUAAUGUAAAUGUUAUUCUGAUGUUACAAAUUCUAUUAUUAAUGUAAACUGAAACCAGUAAUAUUAUCGCCAACUGGUUUUGAUAUAUCGUCUAUGGAAUUUAUUAAUCAAAACUUUAUUAGUUCUUCAUGUUAUUUUUUAUGACCUAUCAUAGCGCCUUGCUAAAACAUGUUGUACAUUAAAAUUACUUCCGCGAUGUAUUAUAUACAAGGCCUAUAUACAGCGCAAAACUUUUGAUGCUUCUAUUAAAUAAUAUAACUCUGUACUCACUGCAGUGAGUGACA